AUGACGCCGACGAACCUCGUCUCGAUGUCUGCUCCGUCGCUUCCCUCCAAUUGGUACGAGCUCGCCAUCAAGGCAAGGACCGCCGCUUUGCGCGAAUCUCAGCAAAGGGCGUCGGCGCUCUCGUCUGCACCUUCAGAGACAGAGGCUCAAGAUCCUAGAGAUACGACUCCGAAUCUCGAAAAUGUUGCUACACAUCAGAACGGUGUGAUCGAGACGCCGACGGCGACAAGCCCGAUUCCAGUGCCCAAAACGGAGCCAGUCGACGAAUCACUAGCACGGACAGAGACCCUGUCGACCGCAACAGCGGAAGCGAGUUAUCCAAGCCAAUUAUUAGCGGGUGGCCUCGUCGGCGUUUCCGGCACCAACGGGCACGAGGCAUCAACGCACAACGCCAUUACCGCGACCCCGACCACUCAGCAGCCGAUCAUUGCAGCCUUGGCGAGCACCGGCACAAAUCGCGGUUCACCACUCGAGGGUGACGCACUGCGGACAGAAGUCAUGGGUCCUCCACCAUCACUGCCAGCGGACCCGGCUUAUCCUCCGCUCAAUCCAGUAAUAGCCGACGUGCAAGCACCAGCUCCCAACACCAAACGCCGAGGAGGCUCUGCCUCUGCCAUCAACGGCACCCAGCGCAAACCAUCCCCACCACAAGCACCGGCCGACUUCAUUCCACCCACCAAUCUCAACGGCAAGAUGCCCUUCGCGCUGUUCCAGACCGUCAAGAAGGACACACCCGCAGAAUCGAGCAAGAGUCCUGCACCAGCCGCACCGGCCGAACAGGUCGCACAGGUCGCACAGGCGACCUCCGCUGACAGCAACGUCGUCGACCCGCUUCUUGCAGACGUUUUGACGGACGCGGACUCGGUCGCUACGGCGACAGGCACUCGCGAGACCAGCCCGGAAGCCACUCUCGCACCGGAUAGCGCUGUUUCUGUCCCUGUUGCCGAAGCUGAUGACACAACAUCCCCGACCGUAGCUUUACGUCGCAAUCCCAGCAACAGAGGCGCAUCGCUGCAGGCAUCGCAAUCCAUCACCAGUGCCUACGCCGAUCCCUUGGGCUUGAAGAAGCACCGCGAAUCGCUCUUGCAGGAACAGAAUCGCACGCGAAGGUCUCCUUCGGCGAGCAGUACAGGUGCGGCUGCCGCCCCAACCCCCCCACCUGCUUCCGCAGGCGGCAAAAAGAGCAAUGCCGCUCGCACAAUCGUGCCACCUCCGCUUGUAGAGCCGCCUCCCGGUAUGAUGCACACGCCGGAAGGCCGACUUCGCACGAUCCCAGGCAUUGCAGGUGCUCUCGUUCCGCCUGGACCCAACUCGACAUCGACUGACAUGAAUCUCACGCCGCGCCUUGAGGACAAGGGCGCCGCCAACAACGACUUUUGCGAAGCUUGUGGCGGUCAUGGUCGUUUCGUCUGCUGCGACGGGUGCCCGCGCAGCUUCCAUUUCCACUGUAUGAGCCCACCGCUCGACAUUGACGAGAUGCCGCCGUCGAAUGCGGUCGAGGUGUUGGGACCGGCCAAGACGAGUUCGAUGCAGAAGGGCAAAGCAAAGGCGGAUGCCUCAGGGCCCGAGAUCAACAUGGACGAGAUGUGGUUCUGCAAUGUUUGUGUAGCAGAACGCAAGCCCAAAGCAGCGCAAAAACCGAAAGGGCUGGGCCCGUUUGGCUACCUGCUCCCGUUGCUCUCCCAGCACAAUCCCAAGAGCUUCCAGCUGCCUGCUGACGUGCGCACGUACUUCAAGGACGUGUCUACCGCUAAUGAUGGCGACUACAUCAACGGAGGCAUGGUGAGGCAGGUCAAGCCCAAUCGGCACGGUCUGAUCGAGACGAGAGAUCCUUAUCGACUCAAGGACAAGAAUGGCGACGCAGUGCUCUGCUAUCGCUGCGGCGGCACUGCGCUUCCAGCCGAAUCUGAGAAUCAGCAGCAGAGCAGCAGCACGGCAGGAGGCGCCGGCUCAAAGGUGCGGAAAGCCGGUGUCAACAAGACGCGUUCCGGUAGUGUCUAUGGCGAUGUAGCUCCGUCGACCCCUGCCGAACACACAGUCAGGGAAGGCACGGGCUGGCGCAAGAUCGUCAGCUGCGACUUUUGCCCGCUGCAUUGGCACAUUGAUUGCGUGGACCCACCGAUGCUAGGCAUGCCAAGCAAUCUGCGCAAGUGGAUGUGCCCGGCACACAGCGACCACGUCAAUGACCGUCGCCGAAUUGCGCGUGUGGGCGCCGCUGUCCCCAGAACGGUGGAUCUGCCGCUGCCCUCGGCUCGCACUAUCGGCCCGGGCAAGCACUUCCGAACGCGUGUGCUCAACAAUGGCGACAUUGACAUCAUUCCUGAUCCGAUGGAAGAGCUGAUGGGUGCCAACGGCAUCACGGGCAGUCUACAGAGCGGUAUCAAGGAAAUCCCACUCGUGCCAGGGGUGGUCGAUGCGCCUGCCCUCACAGCGGAAGGAUCCAAGCUGGCAUCCAAGAUCCGAUACCGCUUUCCGGAAAAGGUGAUCCGCACCGACUUUUGGACCAAGCUGCGUGCCGACGACUCGAGCAAGAUUGGAGAUCUGUUUUACGUUGCCGCCGAGGAGAUCGCGCAUCGUGCGCCGGUCAGACUGGUCGCUGCUGAGGAUGGUGCCAAUGCCAUCGACGACGACGAUUCACGGUUCAGGCCCUUUGGCAGACGCCAGAAUGCGCUCAGCGGACUGGAUGCACUGGCCGACAUUGCUUCCUCCCGUCUGAAGGCGGAUGCAUUGGCUGGCGACGAAAGCGUCGCAACGAGCUUUAAGAAACCUUCGAGGACUCGACAGCUGAUUGCCACUGCUCUGGGCAUCGAGCUCACCAACGACGAUGUGCCCGAGUCGAGCGUGCGCUCGUCCUUGGAGAAUUUGUCGUCAGCCGCCAGUCCCUUGGGCGGCUCGUCGGAUUCGCCGCUUUCGAGUUUGUCCGAGAGCGAGAGUGAUGUGGCGCCGGUCGAGGCCAGCACGGCAGCAUCGAGUGCAUCUCAGCUUGCAUCGGAGGCACCCAAAGCUGCUGAUGCUGCACCUGUGGUCGCACUUUCGGAAGAAGAGCUCAUCAAGCGCAUCGCGCUGGAAGCAGCCACUGGUGUCAGUAUUGGAGAUCCAAUCCGGUUGUCUAAACGUAAAGCUGCCGUUGCGGCCGAAUCGGCUAUCGCAGGCUCGCCGUCUACACCAGCCAAGAAGCUUCGAUCGGAUUCGCCAGCUGUGACACCUACGCCGGCUCGUUCCGCCGCCUCUGCGUCUCCAGCUGUAGCUGCAUCUGCUGCCGUAUCGGUGCCCGUCGAAGUGCGACCCGCUGGCACAACGUCCAAGAGGAUCACGCUGAAGAGCAAUGGUGCGGCGGCGAAGAACGCGUUGACAGAGAGCCAGGUGGCGUUGAGGACGGCGUAUCACCUGGCAGAUCAGUAUGCGGACGAGAGGAAGGAGAUCGAGCAGUUGCGGGCAAUUCGCGAGCUGAUGAAGCUCAAAGGGCCAGCGAGGAUGUUGGAGUUUCUGCUAUCACCGAAUGAGGGCGGGGGUGCGUGA